UGAAAAAUUAUUGAGUUGCAGGUGGUGGGUUGAAAAUGUAAUAUUUUAUUUAAUUUUGAAAAAAACAAGUGAUUUCAAAGAAAAAAUCAGUAAUUUUUUUCUAUUAAUUCUUUUUUAAUGUUAAUAGUUAUUUAUAAAAAAAUAUAAUUUUUAAUUACAUACGAUUUCAUUAUGGGCAAUACAGUUUCAGCUGCAGAAAGUAUUGCAUCUGAGAUAGUGCAACCAAUUUACAAAGAAGAACCAGUUCUACCAAAAGGUCAUCCUCCAUUACCAAAGGGACAUCCCCACUCAAAGUUUGAUUUAAGUAAAGAACCACCGCCGGAAUGUCCAAUGCAUCAAAAAAAACCAGAAAAAUUUGUGUCCGAAUGCCCAAUAAGACAUGAUGACAAAGAAGUUAAUCCGCUUAAUAUGAUGCCGCCAGGUAAUCAAAACCCUUCCCCUGGGCAACCUUUUCGCUUACCUACUGAUAGACAAACGUCAAGUAUCCCGAAAGUUACCGAAGAUGGUUCUGUGCAAUAUUGGCAAUAUCCUAGUCAGCAAAUGUUUUGGAAUGCAAUGUUAAGAAAAGGUUGGCGUUGGAAAGACGAAGAUGUUACACAAAAAGAUAUGGCAGACAUUAUAAAAAUACAUAAUGCAAAUAAUGAGCAAGCGUGGAGGGAAGUACUUAAAUGGGAAGCAUUACAUGCUCAUGAAUGUGGAAAUCCUAAAUUAAAAAGUUUUGGUGGAAAAGCAACUGAUUUUAGUCCUCGGGCAAGAAUACGCAGCUGGCUUGGUUACGAAUUACCUUUUGAUCGCCAUGAUUGGAUUGUUGAUCGAUGUGGAAAAGAAGUCCGUUAUGUUAUUGAUUAUUAUGAUGGUGGUGAAGUAGACCACCAUUACAAGUUUGCCCUUCUCGACGUCAGGCCGGCUAUGGAUUCUUUUGAAAAUGUUUGGGAUCGCAUGUGUGUUGCUUACAUGAGAUGGAAAUAUGAAUUAAGUGAUUUAGUUUUUGGAAAGUCAGAAUAGAAAAAAAAUUACAAAAAACAAAUAAUAGUAGGUAAUGGUAAUUUAAAACCCAUUUAGCAAACUAUUUAGUUUUUUAGCAUUAAAUUAAUAUGUAUUUAUCAUAAACGAAAAUCCAGCAAAUCACCUUUACCAUUACUAUACUCAAUUAAUUUUAAUUUAUUGUUAAGUUUUAAUAAAUUCUUUUCAAAAACAA